AACUCAAAUUAAAACUUCUUGAGCUCCCAACUCGCACGGGACGACACUAGUUAAACAAUUGCCGGCACGUCUUCUUUUCGCCAAAAUACACAAGCCCCGAAGUCCCAUAAAAUGGCGCCUCCGCAAAAGCCCGACCAAGAAAUCGCAUCCGAGUUCACGUCGUACUACCUUCAGCGCGCUACGAAAGAGUUCGCCGAGGACCUCGACAAGGUGCGCGCCGCCGACGACUUCAAGAACGAUGCCCUUCCAAUUCUCGUGAGCGCGUUGCAGCAGGGGACAGCUCUGUUCUCCCCUGAAGAGCAGAAGAGGAUCAUCACUGCCACGACCCGCCCAGGAAGCAAGCCCUGAGGCGCGGGUUGGGGUGGCUCGUCAGUUUCCGGAUCCUAGAGACCCGGUAACCUGGGAAUCUCGAGCUCCAUCGCAUGUCAUGCCCGUAAAGCUGGGACCCCUCGCGAACUUGUCGCCCCGAAAAUAACCCGCACCCUAGGGCAAAAGAAGGGCAGAUGAUGGUACGCCUACCCUCCGACGCCAGAGACGAAGGCAAGGUCACAAGCAACACUGUGCACAGCACGACAUCAGCGCGGCAAGGAUAAGCCCAAUUCCGGUUUGCAAGGCUGAGCCCGUUUUAUCAGUCCUUCAAAACAAACGAGCAAGCAAACUAGCAGGGCGCUGGGACUCAAAAAAUGCAAACCCGGCGUAAGCAGGGUCAAAAUAUCAAAACG